AUAUGUUGUGUCUGACAUUUAAAAAAAAAAAUACAUAUAUAUAUAUAUAUAUUUUAAUAUAUAUGCACACACUGUGAAGAAAAUACACGCUAAAAAGAUCUUAAGACGCCAUAUAACUCGCUUAUAACCCGUUUCCGUUUCAAAAGCGAAAGUCAAUCAUCUAGACACAUGAAAGCUGUCUAAUUAUUGGUCGUGUCCCAAUUCGACAUCUAGUGCACUUAGAGGAAUAAGUAUGGACCGUUUGUUUAAAGCAUGAUGCACUGAACCUAUAGACAGAGUAAGCAUCUGUAUACCAAAAAAGACAACCUUAAUGGACAUGUAGGUCACUGUGUAUAGUGUAGGAGUCAUGUACUGUGACUUAUGUAGGGUACCUAUGUAGGGAAAUAAUGCUCCUUUGUGGAUACAGCCCUUAUCUGUGUUAUUGAUGAGCAUCACCUGUAAUUAGUUAUCAGUUGUUCGGUCCAGAGGAGUAUUCGUUAGUGUAUUCAUCCUGAGGAUCCUCCCUGUGUGUGUGUGUGUGUGUGUGUGUGUGUGUGUGUGUGUGUGUGUGUGUGUGUUUGUGUGUGUGUGUGUGUGUGUGUGUGUGUUUCUCGAAACUCUGCCUUCCAUCUGAUGUCCAUUGCAGAGUCAGACCAUGAAUUACGUGGGGCAGUUGGCAGGGCAGGUGUUUGUGCAGGUGAAGGAGCUGUACCGCGGCCUGAACCCGGCGACUCUCUCCGGCUGCAUCGACGUCAUCGUGGUGCGUCAUCCCGACGGCUCCCUGCACUGCUCGCCCUUCCACGUCCGCUUCGGCAAGAUGGGAGUGCUGCGCUCACGUGAGAAAGUGGUGGACAUCGAGGUGAACGGCGAGCCUGUGAGUCUGCACAUGAAGCUGGGAGAUAACGGCGAGGCUUUCUUCGUCACGGAGGCCGAGAACGAUCAGGAAGCGGUGCCCGCGUACCUGGCCACGUCGCCGAUCCCGUCGUCCUCCCCCAUCCAGACCCUGGGUCCCGAGAUCGGGGCGACGAAGCGCAGGAGGAAGCGGAGGAGGAAGUCCAAAGUGGACAGCUUGAAGAGGGAGACGAGCGCGGAGUACUCGGAGUACGAAGCGGUCUUCGCCAUCGACAUGAGCUCGCACGAAGGAGACGACGAGCACAACAGGAUUUCUUUGAACGAACAAGUGAAUAGUUACACGCAGAACGCUGUGUAUCCCCGCUCUGAUGGAGACUGGUCACCUAUACAGAGCCCCAGUGUCUCUCGCCCCUGCUCGCCGAAGAGCGACUCCGAGCUCGUCACUAAAGCCGGUGAGAAGCAGCAGGACCCGGCCAUGCUCUGGGCCUGGGGAGAGCUACCUCAGCCGUCCUUCCUGUCGUCUAAACCCGAUCCUCCUGCUGCACGUCCCGUCCCCAUUCCCGUUUCGGACAACGCACACUUCAGAGCCAUCCCCGACGCGUCAGCCGCUAACGAUCAUCACCAUGGUGAUGGUGACGCAUCCCUAUCCCAGUUCAUCCCCACAGCCAAGGACGGCAGGACAGAGAGGACAGACACGGACGAUGCGAGACCGGUGAGCGGGAGCAUCGCAGCGGGGAACGAGCCAAUCAGAACGCAGAACAGCCUUACGGAAAGGGAUCCAGAGACGACGAGAACGGAGGCAGUGGCAACUUUAGCAGCGGGUUUGGUGUCAGAGGUCGAGGAAAGGGGUGUGGCCAGCGUAGGGCCCCGCCCACAAGGCAAAACCGAUUCACCUUCCAAGAGAAAAGAUAAGAGAAGCCGCCAUCUUGGCUCUGACGGAGUGUAUCUCGAUGACAUCACAGAGCUGGAGCCGGAAGUGGCGGCGCUCUACUUUCCCAAAAGUGAGAACAGCGGCGCAGGGCGUGUGUGUUGCGAAAGCGCGUUACGCAGCAUGAGCACGUCUCCUCCGUCCGUAGGAAGCUCGGGUGCGGACAGCGGCGUGGACAGUUAUUCAGACCAGCCCGCUGACCUGCCCUCUAUCGCCCUCUCCCUGUGUGGAGGACUGACCGACAGCCGAGAGAUCACUAAAGAGCACUUUCAGGAGAAGGCCCUUUCCUACCAGCAGUUUGUAGAGAACCCCACCCUCAUAGAUGACCCGAACCUGGUGGUCAAAAUCGGCUCGAAAUAUUACAACUGGAGCACCGCUGCACCGAUCCUGCUGGCUAUGCAAGUGUUUCAGAAACCGCUGCCUAAGGCCACCGUGGAGAGGAUCGUGAAGGAGAAGAUGCCGAGGAAAGGAGGACGCUGGUGGUUCUCGUGGCGUGGGAGAGGGAGCAGCUCCAAAACGGAUUCUACGACUGUAAAUGGACCGUCUGGAGGAGCAGAGCAUGCUGGGAAGAUGGCUGCCAUCAACAGGCGGAACGAUGAAUCCUCGUCCACCAGUGACGAAGAGCACCAAUCACCAAUCAAACAGACAGCCAGUUCCACCCAAUCAGAUUCCUCACUUAGCCAAGGGGGCGUGUCUUACAGGAAGACGCUCCGCCUCACAUCCGAACAGCUGGCAAGCCUGCAAUUAAAAGAAGGCCCGAACGACGUGGUGUUCAGCGUCACCACUCAGUACCAGGGCACGUGUCGCUGCGAGGGAACCAUCUACCUGUGGAACUGCGACGACAAAAUCAUCAUCUCCGACAUCGACGGCACCAUCACCAGAUCGGACACGCUGGGACACAUCCUGCCCACUCUGGGGAAAGACUGGACACACCAAGGCAUCGCCCGCCUCUUCCACAAAGUCAGCCAAAAUGGCUAUAAGUUCAUGUAUUGCUCGGCGAGGGCGAUCGGCAUGGCGAACAUGACCAGAGGAUACUUACACUGGGUGAACGAGAGCGGCACCAUGCUGCCUCAGGGUCCCGUACUGCUCAGUCCCAGCAGCCUGUUCUCAGCACUGCACCGGGAGGUGAUUGAGAAGAAGCCGGAGAAGUUUAAGGUGGAAUGUUUGACCGACAUUAAAAACCUGUUCUAUCCAAACACACAACCUUUCUACGCUGCCUUCGGAAACAGAGCCACGGACGUGUAUUCUUAUAAGGAAGUGGGCGUUCCCUUAAACAGGAUCUUUACAGUCAAUCCGAAAGGAGAACUGGUGCAGGAGCACGCCAAGACCAACGUGUCCUCGUACGUGCGUCUGGGCGAGGUGGUGGAUCACGUCUUCCCCCUCCUGAAGAGAACGAGCUCGUCAGAUUUCCCCUGCAGCGACGCGUACAGCCAGUUCACCUUCUGGAGAGAGCCGCUCCCUCUGGUGGACGGACAGGAGUGUGCAGGCGUGACGAAGAGCUGAAACACACAGCACUGCAUAUCUUCACAUAACUUCAAGAACCAGACAUUCACGAACAUACGUUUGCACAUAUUUUAUAUCACGUUAGCUAUUGAAUAUUUUAUCCCGCGUUUUUUUUUUUUUUUUAAACGUUAAGCGUUCUGGAUUCUGAUUGGUCAGAUGGUGUCGGUUAAUUUCCUGUAACAGCAGCACAGCCGCAAACCACAGGUUUAUACUCGCGCUCUUAUUCGAAAAAGGUCACCGAUCAGGGUUUUUUUUUUUGCCUUAACUUCAUUAGAGAGGAAAAGAAGAGAGGCUGGCGAGAGAACGACAUUUCCAGCUGCUAUAACGGAGGCAGGAACUUGUUCCGCGGACGUUCAGGAACGUUAAACGUGACUCGAAACGGUUAAAAAAAAAAAAAGUACCGUCCGUUAGGAAAUGUUAAAAUUGUAAUCGUGGGCGAAUCGCUGCGGUGUAAGACGAAUAAAACGCUUCAGGACGUUUCCACUGUUACAGGAAAAGGAACGCAGGUCUGGAAAAGGACACGCGGAAAAACCGCUGCUGUAAGAACCGUCCAGGAUAUAAGGGACGCUGCCUUCCAAACGAGACCGACGUGUCUCACGUCUAUUGAAAAAGACAUGAAAGAAAAGAAGAAAAAAAAAAACUGUAGAGCUACGCUUGUAGAGCCACACACACACACACACACACACACACACACACACACACGUCCUGCUACAUGUUUAUUUAUUUAUUUUUUUAUUCAUAACUCGCUGCUUUUGGAGCUUUUCACCAGCUGUGCCAAAUCUCAGAAUGAAAAGCUCAGAGACUGUUACUGUGUAGAGUAUUCGAUACUGAAAUGGCAAUCGUAUGUAGAGUAUAUCAGACAUACACUGGCACUUUAGAAACCUGUAAAACAACAACAACAACAUGCACGAGGUGUGAUCGAGUAAGCUGCGGUAGAGAGGAGGGCAGCUUCAGAUGAAUCGCUAAUGAUUAAUAAUAGGACCGUGAAAUACUUUAGGAUUAUUUCUGUAUGCUGAGACGUAUGAUAAGAUGAUGUUACGUCCCGGAAACGUAGCGUUUCCUCAGUCCGUACAGGGUUUUACGAUCGUCGCGGCCGAAGACGCAGAAAACUUUAUUGAAUUUGCGAAAUCGCAAUCGUACGUCUUUCUCGCUGACGUUUGUUGCGGUAAUAAUGAGACCUUUUUCAGCUGUACUCGUGUUCGACGCACGCGAAUCGAAGAGGGCUUUGUCGUGAACGCGUCUCGGCCCAAACCUGCGGAAGAUCCGUGGUAGUUUUGAAAAAAAUAAAAAGUUACGAGCUCCUAAGGAUAUUGGGGAGUUUGAAUGUGUUUCAUUUAUUCGUGAACGGUCUGCCGGUCCGCGUCACGCCGGAUACAGGUGUUCAGGGAACACACUCUGAAUGUCCACAACACACACACACACUCACACACUCGUUCACACACUCGUUCACACACUCGUUCACGUCCACCAUAGCCAAUCCGGCUGCUAGUAUGUUUUUUCGGAGAUGGGAAGAACCCGGAGAACCCCGGAAAAACAGACCAUAAUUCGAGCUCAGGCUCGAAUCCUGGAACCUUCUGGAACAAAGCUGUUACUGUAGCUGUUUUAUUUUUUUUCCUCUCCUAACAAAUCAUUCAUCAACUGUUUUAAUAUUUCAUGAGAGAAAUUUGCUGUCAACAUUUCAGGCCGCGAACUGAUCAAACUGUAAAGUCAAAAUAUAUCUCUGUAUAGAUCUGUGUAGUUCUAGUUCUAGUUAUUCUUUCUGUGAAAGAUCAGUAUAACAGCGGCGUAUCGUCCGUCUUCUCGGUCCAGCCGCUGCUAUGAAGACGGAAACGUGUUAAACGGCUGUAUCGGACUUUCUCUCCACUCUGUAAAAUAAACCGAUUUAGUCUGAAUUA